GCGAGGUAAAUGCAGUCACGUGACCUGCUGCUCGUUGCCGCUAGUGAGUUUUUCCCAUUAUGGCGGAGGGGCCAGCCGUGCGGAUGGACCGUCUCUCCCACUCCGAGUCUUGUUUUGUGUCUUGAGGGAGGGCGUUUUAUUUUUAUUUUAUGUUAGUUUUGUACCUCUUCGUCGCCACAGCCUGGUGUCCUUUCAACUAGACUGCACUCAGUGUUUAUCAGCGGAGUCAUGGCAGACCGCGGCGCGGAUUCGUCCGCCCUGCCUAAAGAGGUUCGAGACCAAUUGGCGGAGUUGGAUCUGGAGCUGUCUGAAGGUGACAUCACGCAGAAGGGCUAUGAGAAGAAGAAAGCCAAGCUGCUGGCCCCCUACAUCCCCCAUUUGCCAAAUGUGGACCUAUCUCUGCCAGAUGUGCAGCUUUCCCCAGGGCACAGUGCUGACCCCAGCCCAAGUCCCGAGGCCCCAGGCCCCUCCACAUCUACAGCCUCCAAACACCACCGCGCACACCGCAGUGGAGGGGCCAGGGACGACAGAUACAGAUCAGACAUCCACACAGAGGCUGUUCAGGCAGCACUUGCCAAGCACAAAGAGGAGAAGAUGGCACUGCCAAUGCCAACAAAGAGACGCUCAGCCUUUGUCCAGUCUCCUGUAGAUAACUGCACACCCCCAGACACAUCUUCUGCAUCAGAGGAUGAGGGCUCACUGCGUCGAAAGGCAGCUCUCAGUGCAGUGUUGGCCCAGACCCUGCAGAGCCCUGAUUACUGGAUCAACCGUUCCGUCCAAAGUUCCUCCACAUCCUCGUCUGCUUCCUCAACCCUCUCCCAUGGAGAGCCCAAGACCCAGCCCCAACCCCAACCUGCCCUUUCUGUGUUAGCUGACGUUCUGGCCCACACACGUAUAGAAAACAGCGUCCCUCCAGAUGUGACGACCUCCACUCCGCAAGAGAGAGGGUCCAGAGUGGAUCUGCCUCCAGCGGUCAGGGGCAUGAGUCGUGGACAGAGCCGCUCCAGCAUGCUUGAUACUGCUGAUGGCGUGCCUGUCAACAGCAGGGUUUCCACCAAGAUCCAGCAGCUGUUAAACACACUCAAACGGCCUAAGAGACCACCGCUCAGCGAAUUCUUUGUGGAUGACUCAGAAGAAAUUGUAGAAGUGCCCCAGCCGGACCCCAACACCCCAAAGCCAGAGGGACGUCAAAUCAUUCCAGUGAAGGGGGAGCCCCUCGGAGUGGUCAGUAACUGGCCCCCGGCCCUUCAGGCUGCACUGGCCCGAUGGGGAGCCACGCAGGCCAAAAGCCCUGCUCUCACUGCUCUGGAUAUCACUGGCAAACCCCUCUACACUCUCACAUAUGGCAAACUUUGGAGUCGCAGUCUGAAACUGGCCUAUACACUUCUGAAUAAACUGGGCACCAAAUCAGAGCCUGUGCUGCAACCUGGAGAUCGGGUGGCGCUGGUGUACCCAAACAGUGACCCUGGCAUGUUCUGGGUAGCUUUCUAUGGCUGCCUGUUAGCUGAGGUCAUCCCGGUGCCCAUUGAAGUCCCACUGUCACGACAGGAUGCAGGCAGCCAGCAGAUUGGCUUCCUCUUGGGCAGCUGUGGGGUCAGUCUGGCGCUGACCAGUGAGGUGUGUCUCAAAGGGCUGCCCAAGACACCAAACGGAGAGAUCAUCCAGUUCAAAGGAUGGCCAAGAAUGAAAUGGGUUGUGACGGACACGAAGUAUCUGACAAAACCAUCCAAAGAUUGGCAGCCUCACAUACCCACUGCCAACACAGACACCGCCUACAUAGAGUACAAAGCGAGUAAGGAGGGGACAGUGAUGGGAGUUGCUGUGUCCAAGAUCUCCAUGCUGACUCACUGUCAGGCCCUGUCGCAGGCCUGUAACUACUGUGAAGGAGAGACGCUGGUAAAUGUGUUGGACUGCAAAAAAGACAUGGGCAUGUGGCACGGAGUCUUAACGAGCGUCAUGAACAGAAUCCACACCAUCACAGUGCCAUAUGCUGUCAUGAAAGCAUGUCCCAUGUCCUGGGUGCAGAGGGUCCACAUUCACAAAGCACGUGUGGCCUUGGUGAAGUGCAGAGACCUCCACUGGGCCAUGAUGGCUCACAAAGAACAGAGGGACGUCAACCUGUCCUCCAUACGUAUGCUUAUUGUGGCAGAUGGAGCAAACCCAUGGUCUGUGUCGUCCUGUGAUGCCUUCCUGAAUGUGUUCCAGUCUCAUGGUCUGAAGCCUGAGGUGAUAUGCCCAUGUGCCACCUCUCCUGAGGCCCUUACUGUGGCUAUACGCAGGCCUGGUGCUCGAGGAGCUCCACUACCAGCCAGAGCUAUCCUGUCCAUGGGCGGACUGAGCCACGGGGUGAUCAGGGUCAACACAGAGGACAAGAACUCAGCUCUCACUGUUCAGGAUGUGGGCCACAUCAUGCCUGGAGCUCUGAUGUGCAUCGUGAAACCAGACGGGUCUCCUCAACUGUGCAAGACAGAUGAAAUAGGAGAGAUUGUGAUUAAUUCUCGGGCAGGAGGCACCAUGUACUACGGCCUGCCUGGCGUCACUAAGAACACAUUCGAGGUGAUUCCCGUCAACCAAGCUGGAGCACCCAUAGGAGAAAUUCCCUUCACUCGGACUGGUCUGCUUGGAUUUGUAGGACCGGGCAGCCUGGUGUUUGUUGUCGGAAAGAACGAGGGACUACUGAUGGUGAGCGGGCGAAGGCACAAUGCAGACGACCUGGUGGCCACUGCGCUGGCUGUGGAGCCUGUCAAAACGGUUUACAGGGGGAGGAUUGCUGUUUUCUCAGUGACAGUGUUUUAUGAUGAGAGGAUAGUGAUUGUGGCAGAGCAGAGGCCUGAUGCCAGUGAGGAGGACAGCUUCCAGUGGAUGAGUCGAGUUCUGCAGGCCAUCGACAGUAUCCAUCAGGUCGGCCUUUACUGCCUCGCUCUCGUCCAAGCCAACACUCUCCCAAAGACUCCUCUUGGAGGCAUCCACAUCUGUGAAACCAAGCAGAACUUUCUGGAGGGGAACCUGCACCCCUGUAACAUCCUCAUGUGCCCACACACCUGUGUUACCAACCUACCCAAACCCCGCCAGAAACAGCCAGUGGAUGUUGGUCCUGCUUCUAUGCUUGUCGGGAACUUGGUGGCAGGGAAACGGAUCGCCCAGGCUACAGGGAGAGAGCUGGGCGUGGUGGAGGACCAGGAUCUGAUCAGAAAGCACCAGUUCCUGUCUGAGGCUCUGCAGUUUAGAGCUCAAACAGACCCAGACCAUGUCCUGUAUGUGCUGCUCAAUGCUAAGGGGGUGGCAGUGUGCACAGCCACGUGUUCUCAACUGCACAAGAGAGCAGAGAAAAUCACAGCGACCAUACUGGAGAGGGGAGGCCUCAACACAGGAGACAAUGUGGUGCUGCUUUAUCCCCCAGGUAUUGACCUGAUAGCUGCCUUCUAUGGCUGCCUCUAUGCAGGGGUCAUCCCUGUGACUGUGAGGCCACCUCACCCACAGAACCUGGCUGCUACCCUGCCCACUGUUCGCAUGAUCAUUGAUGUGAGCAAAGCAGCCUGCAUCCUCACCACUCAACCUCUCAUGAGGAUCCUCAGGUCCAGGGAGGCUGCUGCCAGCGUCAACGUCAAGACGUGGCCCACCAUCAUCGAUACAGAUGACCUCCCAAGAAAGCGUCCUCCGCACAUUUACAAACCCCCUACAGCUGAGAUGCUGGCCUACCUGGACUUCAGUGUGUCCACCACAGGCAUGUUGACUGGAGUCAAGAUGUCUCAUGCUGCAAUCAGUACUCUGUGCCGCUCCAUCAAGCUGCAGUGUGAGCUCUACUCUUCACGCCAAAUAGCCAUCUGCCUGGACCCAUACUGUGGCCUGGGCUUCGUCCUGUGGUGCCUCUCCAGUGUUUACUCAGGUCACCAGUCCAUCCUUAUCCCUCCCUUGGAGCUGGAGUGCUCGCUGCCCCUGUGGCUGAGCACGCUCAGUCAGUACAAGAUCAGAGACACCUUCUGCUCCUACUCUGUCAUGGAGCUCUGCACCAAAGGCCUGGGCACCCAGACAGAGAUACUGAAGGCUCGGGGUCUGAAUCUGUCAUGUGUGAGGAGCUGUGUGGUGAUAGCAGAGGAGCGUCCUCGCCUCGCUCUCACACAGUCCUUCUCCAAGCUCUUCAAAGAUCUCGGCUUGUCGCCUCGUGCGGUCAGCACCGCCUUCGGCUCUAGGGUCAACCUGGCCAUCUGCCUACAGGGCACUGCUGGUCCAGAUCCCUCCACCGUCUACGUUGACAUGAAGUCUCUACGACAUGACAGGGUGAGGCUGGUGGAACGAGGAGCACCACAGAGUCUUCCUCUCAUGGAGUCAGGCACUAUCCUACCAGGAGUCAGAGUCAUCAUCGUCAACCCAGAGACCAGAGGACCGCUGGGAGACUCGCAUCUUGGGGAGAUCUGGGUGAACAGCCCACACAGCGCCAGCGGCUACUACACCAUCUAUGGGGAAGAAAGCCUGCAGGCGGAUCAUUUCAACACCAAACUCAGCUUUGGAGACCCCCAAACCCUGUGGGCCAGGACAGGCUACCUUGGCUUUAUCAAGAGGACAGAGCUACUGGAUGCAAGUGGAGAUCGUCAUGAUGCCUUGUUUGUUGUGGGCUCGCUCGAUGAAACAUUGGAGUUAAGGGGAUUACGCUACCACCCCAUUGACAUCGAGACGUCUGUGUCCCGAGCCCACCGCAGCAUUGCAGAAAGUGCUGUGUUUACGUGGACCAACCUGCUGGUGGUGGUGGCGGAGCUGAGCGGCUCAGAGCAGGAGGCCUUGGACCUAGUCCCCCUGGUCACCAACGUGGUCCUGGAGGAGCACCACCUCAUUGUCGGGGUGGUGGUCAUCGUGGAUCCAGGGGUGAUUCCAAUAAACUCCAGAGGAGAGAAGCAGAGGAUGCAUCUACGGGAUUCGUUCCUGGCAGACCAGCUGGACCCCAUCUACGUGGCCUACAAUAUGUGAUCGCCCUCGUUCAACCGAUGCAGAAAACUGAGCCAGGCUCUGAGGACAGAUAUGAGGGAGAAGGACACGGGGUGCAUUCAGAAGUGACCCACCCGUGAUAAACCUCAGACACGCAUUAAAAACACCAAACAAUGUGGGAAAGAGAGUGCAGUACUCUUACUGUGAUGAGACAUGCUUCCCUCUCUGAUCCUUCUUUGCUUCCACCUGCUCAAUCACUGCAGACCUAGAUUACUGAAGAGGUUGUAAGAGUACUUUCUCUCCUCUAUUUUAGAUCCAUCUAUCAUCUGGAGGAAAUGUGAUCUCCAUUCUCUCUGCGCAUCACUUCCUUAUAGCUCCAUGUCAUGUUUUUUAAAGACAUUUUAAUAACAAACUCAAGUCAAAGAAAGAAUCCCCUCCUUCCAUUCCUUGGUUCUUCAUCCAUUCAUCUUUGCGUGCUUGUUUAUACAUUUUUAUAACCCCCCUCGUAUCUUGAAGGCAGGAUCGUGCACUGGAACUGCUGAGGGGAGCUGGAAAUAUCCCCUCUUGCACUUUAAGUCCUCGCACCUCUGAGUCCACUUCCCGUCUCAGCUGCCUCUUGGGGGGGGGACAGCCGCUCAUGUUUGCUGCUUUCACCUGAGCAAGUCCACAUCAGUAUUAAAAAGUGCCACCAGGGAGUGCAGCCCCCAAAGAGGCGAACCUGAUAUCACCUACCCACCAGGCGCUCUCACCUCCCAUCACAUACUGUAUUCUGCAGCAGACAGGCUGUCGGCAAUCAGAUGUUACAAGUCCCAAAAAUGACCACGCUUGGAUUCUAUAUGUUGGACUCAUAGAUGAUCAGUGUGAGUAGGAGUUGGACCAUUAGAUAGUUCCUAUAAUUGUGAAGUACUAAUUAAUUUUUUAAAGCACAAAUCUACCGGAGAAGUGACGAAGCAUUUAGGUAUGCAUGCUAAUUUGGUGUGCAGGUAAUGUGAACUUGCAGGCAAAAAAAAAAAAAAGGUAGCACAUAUAAGCUUGACAGCUACUAUUUUGCUUUGGUAUCCAUAUCUGACAGAAAAAUUCUCAACUCAAAGGGUUCUCUUUCCUUCAGAGCUUGAAUCCUAGCACUUGGCCUUCAAAAGCAGUGGAGUUUGCUCACUUCUCUAAAAAAAAAAGCACACUAUACAAACAUAGAUGAGUCUCUUUGAUGUAGAGGGGUUACUGCACUCAAAGAUUAUGGUCACCGUAUUGGAAAUGCUGACUCUAUCUUGCAGCUAAACAAGAAACCGGAUCUGGAGUUAAGGCCAUAGCUUUUCCCUCUGGCAAACAGCUAUGGUAUAAUGUACCUAAAUCAGCCACGCCCCUGAGUAUGCCUACAUAAGUCAUAGCCUUGAUUUGAUCAAAACUCACCCUCCAUUCAGUUUUCAGAAGCUAAGAAACCAGAAAAGAUCAACACUGUUUCUUGGACCAGGCUUCAAAUAUGUUGAAUUAAAUAUAAGUGCAUUUCGACCAAGAGCUCCAGGGUCUUUUAGCCCCCAGAACUACUCUCCCCGGAACUAAAAGGUUCCUGUGCCCCCAUUGUUGUCUGCGUUUCGACCACUAGAUUGUGCAAAUCAGGCUAGUGAUGUAUGGAGAGAAAAAAUCAUAUUAAAUAAUAUUUUAAAGUCUUAAUAAAAACUAAACUAGUAUGCAUUCCCAGGAUCUCCCUCUGUGUUUCAACAACUGUGUUAACUCCACAAACAUCGUUACGUUCAACCGAAAGUCCCAGGAACUUUGAAAAGUACUACCCCCCAAGCAGGGGCUUUUCAGGGGGGAGAUUAUCUACCCCUGAACUAAAUUUAGACCCUGGUUCCUCCAGUCGAAACGCACGUAGUUCAGGGGUAAAGUCCUUAGUUCAUGCAGUGGAAAAAUGCCUUAUGAGUCUAAGGUGGUUUCCUUGGCUUGGCCAGCCUCAAGUGGACACUUGUGGAAUUGCAUUUUUUUUGCAUUUCCACAUUGACUGUAUUUUUCAACACUGGAGGUUGCUGCUUGUUUUCAAGUCAUACAAGUAGUCUAGAUAGGGAAUAGUACAAAAAUCUACGGUUUUACAACUGAGAAAAAUCUACUCUGCUUGCUAAGCCAGUUUGUAUAUGUUAAAAAACUACGAAUCAAAAGGAGUCCUUUCAAACUGAGUUGAGAUAUUUUUUUAUUUUUCGGUGUGGUUUGAGAGGGCGAUUAAGAUUUUCUUAACUUGAACUGAAGUGAGCUUCCGGCUUUCAGUCUGAAGGGCAUCUUUCAUGUGUGUUAGCAUCACAGUUAAUUAGAUCAGCGUAGAUCAUCAGAAGGCAGGUCAGUGCCUUUUUUUUAUUGCUCCAACUUCAUAUUAAUGAUUAUGGACUGUUGAAUUUCUUACAAACAAAAAUAUGAAGAUAGAUGACAAAACUUUGCCUUACAAACCUGUGGAACUUCAGUGCUUUGAAUGCAUAAUCUCUCAUAUCCAGCUGAACUAUUAUUAGUGUAAUUAAAUAACUAUUCCACCGUUGUUCACCGAUGGAGUCAGCUGAAACAUGCUCAUAUCAUAUUUUUUUAGAGGAAGGGGGGUUUGUUUAGUUCUUUUGCAAAGACUUGUGGUCAUGCCUUUCUCAUUUCAUCAUAACCAUUGAACCCAAUUCUUUCUGAAUGUCAAAAACAUUGAAAAAAAAACAUGAGGGAUGAAUAACAAUCAGUUAGCAACCCAUGGUUUAAAAAUGGAAACUCCUCCUUUAAAAAACUGGAGGUAAUAAAAGAGGGUAAGGCUAUUGUCUGUAAACUGUAUUUUAGAGGUCAGAUAGUGUAUUACUGGUGUUAAUGUGUACAUGGAUAUGAACUUUGUCCAUCAAAACUUGACUGAUCUUUCAUACUUGACAGCAUUUUUCUGCAUUGUUAAUUUAUCACAUUGCAAAAGAGAAAAAAAAAGGUUUCAGAUUAUUUUGGCAGGAACAAUGUGCACUUUCCCGAUAUCAUUUUCUGUGUGUGCGUCCAUAAGAGAGUGUGAGUGUGUGUGUGUGUGUGUGUGUGUGUGUGUGUCUAAGUGAUAUUUGGCUUUUCUGGUGCAACAAGGUUUGUCUUUUGUAAAAAAAAAAAAAAAAAAAAGAUCCCAGAUUAUUGAAACAUUCUUUUUUUAUUUGUGUUUUUUGUCGCCUCCACUGUAUUUUGAAUUCUUUCCAUAAAAAAAAUUUGAAUCAGAUUUAUUUUUUAGGGAUUUGAUGAUUUUUUCCUGAUUCUUUUAACUGCACAUUUCCUCUGCAAAAGACUGGUGGGAUUUUAAAAGCAGCACGACAAUAAACCACUGAUGACAUGUAUGGAGCCAGUAUGUUGGGCAAGUUAGAGUUACUCAUAAGAAACUAAGCUUCUGAGCUACUGUGUGUGAUAACUGCUUUGUUGCUUUGUUUCACUCCGACAAGUUUUAAUAAAGUUUUAUAAUUUCAUGUUGGCCUUCAAGCCUUUUCAAUAGACAUUGGUGCUAUUUGAUAAAGAACAGUUGACAGACUCUUGUCCUCCAAUGUCAUAUCAUAGAAACUUUCUUCCUGGAUGCCCUUUUUGUGUGAAAAUAAUUCAUUCUUUCUCCAUCAUUCAUCAUUUAAAACAUCUCUCUGCUCCAUUUCUGAAAUUGUUUCCUGGUUUUCAUCAGCUCUGAUAUCUGAUGAAAACCCUCGUCAUGGACAAUGCAACUCGACAUAUCAUCCAUCUCCAUCGUCAUAUUUAUUUCAGUCUUUUCAGUUGUGGUGUUGUGCUGAAGGACAUACAUUUCAAACCUCCAAAGUUAUUCGAAGCACAAAAUGUAAAAGAACAUGUGAGGUUAUAAAAUUAGGAUCUUUAUCACACAAAAAUCAAACUCAAGGGCCCACAAUGUAUACCUCAACGACUGUCUGUUCACUAUGCAUUGUCGAGCUGCAGCAAAGACAUUCUGAACUAGUCAAUGGUGCGAUAACUUCUAACAACAUGUCUUACUUGACAAAAACACUGUCACACUGUCAUUGGAUGUGUUUCAUGUCAAAUAAAAAAAUCCUUUGUCAGAAAUGA